UUUGAUUUUUAUCCUCUAUCUUAUCUAUAAUUAUAUUAAUCUAAGGCACAUGUAAUAUGAAUAAAUAGAAAUAACAAUGGGUUUAUUAACGGAUCCUCGAGCAGGAUCUGGAAAAAUAAUAAAAUUUUUAUUAAAAUGGGAACAACCCCUUUGUUAUUUUUUAUAUAUAAGUGGUAUUAUAUGGAUGUUACUUCUUGCUUUACCCGUAUUUAAUGACAGUAAGUAUAAAAUUGAAAUACAAAUAGCAAAGCAUUAUUAUGUACAUUUAUUGCAUGAAAUGAAACAAUAUCCAGAUAUAAUGCCAUAUGCAUGGUUAGCUGCUACAUUAAACCAGCUUCAUUUAGAUGUUUUUUUACAUAAUUUUACAUUAAUAUAUCCUUUCCAAGAACAACAAUUUAUAGGUCAAAAUAUAUAUGGAAUUAUAAGAGCUUCAAGAGCAGCCAGUACAGAAGCAAUUGUAGUAAGUGUUCCUUUUAGACCAAUUAAUAGUAUUUAUUUGGAUACUACACCUUCUAUUGCUCUACUUCUUGCAUUUGCUAAAUUUUGUAGAAGUAAGUAUUUACAUAAAUAUAUAAAUAUAUAUAUUUNUGGUAAUGAAGGGGUAUUAUUAUCUGGAGAUCUUCCUGGUCGCGCUGGUUCAAUUCAAGCUGCUAUUAAUUUGGAAUUACAUUCAAUGAAGAUUUCAUCUAUUGAUGUUAAAAUAGAAGGAUUAAAUGGACGAUUACCUAAUUUAGAUCUUUUUAAUUUGGCACAAAAUAUGAUAACUAAAGAAGGAAUUCGGCAAUCGUUUCAAAGACGUUUUGAUGUUAAAUAUAAAAACAAAUUUAAAAAUUGGUGGUAUCAUUUUAAUACUCUUCUGAUGAUGAUCACAAGUCAAGCUACUGGAAUUCCAACAGGAAAUCAUGGAUUAUUCCAUAGAUUUGGUAUUGAAGCAAUUACUUUAGAAGGUUUUGAAAAAGCUGGUCACCAAAGUUCUGAUGGAAAUUUUUAUCAAGUUGGUCGUAUUGUAGAAAGUAUUAUACGAUCAUUAAAUAAUUUGUUAGAACGUUUUCACCAAUCUUAUUUCUUUUAUUUACUUCCAUCAACUGAUACUUAUAUUUCUAUUGGGCUUUAUAUAAGAUCUUUAGUUUUAAUUAUUGCUGGAAUAUUUAUAAAAGCUUUUUCAAUGUGGCAAAGACUUCAAAUAUCUAAUUCUGUAGAAGAUAAAAAAAUUCCUAUUGUUAAGCAAUCAAAGGAUGGAUUAGAUAUUGGUGUUAUUACAUCAGAAAUAUUAUGGGUUCAUAUUUGUGGAAUUAUGAUUACAACAUCCCCAGUUAUAUUUACUUAUUUUGGCAGAGAAAUGAAUUUUCGUACAGAAGAUUCUAUAUAUUUUGGUUUCAUGGCUAUAACUAUUUUAACAUUAAUAUGGCCUUUGUAUUGCAAACGACAAAUGAAGUAUAAAAAUGCAGUUUUAAUUUGUGUAAUUGCAUUAGUAGAAUUAGGUACAAUAUUAAUGUGUAUAGCAAUGCAUAAUUUUUCUCUAGCACUUCUUGUGGCUGUAAUUUAUGUACCUAUUAUUUUAUCAAUAACACCAAAACAAAACUUCACAAAGUAAGUAAGUUCUACCUUGAAAAUAGUUUUUUG